AUGGCCUUGGAACAUCAGGAGAUGAGUCAGUCCCCACAAGAUACACAGCCUCUGACCUACUCUGUCGCCAUGGUGGGUCCAGUUGAGUAUCUAGUCAAUGGAGGCCCCAGGAUUUUUGUGUUGGAGGUUCAACAUUGCUGCGCACGGCGCCGUGACAUCACCCCCCCUGCGUGCUUUAACGUGCGUGGGCGCGGUGACGUCGGGCUGUGCGCGAGCUGCUGCUGCUGCUUGGAGACGGGAGGCUGCGGCCUGAGGCCGGAGUUAACCGCUAAUAGCAAGUCUAAGAAGAGUAUUCAAGAUCCUCCCUUCAAUUACUACAACUACCAACCAGCUGAACAAGAAAUGGAUGAUUCUGAAUUUUCCCACAUUGUUGAGAUCUAUGAUUUCCCUUCAGGAUUUAAGACUGAAGACUUGCUGCGAGCUUUCUCCAGUUAUCAGAAAAAAGGAUUCGAUAUCAAAUGGGUGGAUGACACGCAUGCAUUGGGCUUGUUUUCAAGUGCAUUUGCAGCUCGAGACGCGAUCAGUACCAAGCAUCCCAUGUUGAAGACUCGACCUUUGUCACAAGCAUCUAGAUCAUCGAAGGUUAAGGCCAGAAGCUGUGCAGAAUUUCUCCUUCCAGCAAAGGAACGACCUCAGACGAGUGCCAUGCUGGCUCGAAGGCUGGUCAUUGGAGCCCUGGGAGUAAGGAGCAAUCAAACCAAGGCAGAACGGGAAGCUGAGCGUCAAAAGCUGAAGGAAGCUCGGGAGCAAAAGCUGCUUGCAGCACAGCAAGUAGAGGCUGCCUGGGAAGGACAUUAGCCUGAGAACAAAUCCGCACACCAAAGACAGCAGCAAGAAAAAAGGCAAGCACCCACUCCACACAGCCUCAGUCUGUACCACCGGUUGGGGGUUACGGGGGAUUGGAUGGAAUCAUGCACACCUCAUUUUACCCAUGAGGAGGCUCUGUGUGUUAUACAAAACAAGGUUACAAAGCAUGAUCAGUUGAGGGAGUUACUGAACUGCCAUGUGUUUAAGAUUUAAUUUAAUCCAGGGGUGUUCUUGUUUCAAUAAUUUAUGUAGUGGCAGUUGUGGAUGUUUAAAAUUUGGAUUCCAGCUAACAACAAACUCCAUUUGUUUCCUGUGUACCUUAAACAACAAUUACACUCACAGAUUUUUGUAUCAAUUAACUGGAAUUAUUUAAGGACCAGUUGGAAGUCCAGAUCAUAAUCUGCUUCUGAAUGCAUGGAUAACUGGCCCUGCUCCCAGCAGUCCUGGAACACUGGCCCUGUCUUGCUGCCUUAUGUUGUGGCUACCGUCUGCAACCUUUGCUUCCGCAGAGCAUUCAUUUAUGGGGGAACGAGGGAGCACGUCAGUAUUCCAAGUGUUUGUUCCAUUUUUAACAGCCUUUGCUAGUGUGUGGUUUCUUUUCCCCCCCCUCUGGGCUCCUGUCUGAGAUGUAAAACACAAACAGAAAGUGCUGGAAAUACUCAGCAGAUCAGGCGGUGAGUGGUGGAAGAGAAACAGAGUUAACUUUUCGUCAGAACUGAAAAGGAGACAAAUGCAGCUUGUGACGGGUGGGGUGGGGGAUGUCUCUGAUGGAGUAGAACCUGGGUGACCGUGUGGAUAAGCUGUAAACAAGGAUAAGCUGUAAACAAGGAUAUCUGGUCAAUGAGUGGAUGGGAGCAGUUAGAGAGAGAACAUAGACAAAGGAAUGUAGGAGUUGCAAAAUGCAGAGCAGGAGGACGUGCUUGGCAGGUCAGGCUGAGCACAUCCUCCACUCCCAGGGGAAAUUCCCACCCUCCCUGCAGCUUGAACAAGCUUCUUUUGUCUCCUUCUCAGUUUUAACAAGGGUUUUCAACCUGAAGUGUUCUUUGUUUCUCUUUCUAGCAUUUUCUGUUUUUAUUUUAGAUUUUCAGCAUCUGCAGUUUUUUUUGUUUUUCUGACAGAGGUGAUCUUGUGUUAAUCAUUAUUGUCUUUGAAUAUUCCCACUGCCAACAUUCUUUAACAGGCUUUCAGGCAGUAGUUUAAGGUUUCAUGUUUCAAAGCCAGUUUGUCUGAUUGUAUGUGGCCACAAGUCUGUCUUUGAAAUGAUACCCACCUCACAUCAUCUUUAACCUGCAAGUUAGUGCUUUAUUUCAGAGUCGGGGGGUGUCGUAAAGAGUGAGGCUGCUUUUGGGAACUACAGCAGUUCAUUGUUUGGUUUAAAGCAUAGUAAUCUGGAAAUGCUGUAAUCACACUCAAGUUCCAGUGAAUGUUCCAAAUCUGCCCACUUACUUUUUAACAGAGGUAUUUACUUUAAACUAGUUAAUAUCCAAGUUAAACUAUCAUCACACAUUAUUAUAGUGAGCACAUGAAUGAGAUAUGGGGUUCCCAUUGUCUGUCUCCAGCUCCCAUUACCCUCCAGAGAGUGUGGAGUUAUAUAAAGUACUGAGCAAUGUGAUGAGGAAUGUGAAGUGGUUUCAAGGGCGUUAUUUGAUUUUCAGACUCGUCCUCACUGCUCGUGCUUCAAAUCAGGGGCUUUAACUUUGGGUUAAAGUCUCGAGUUACAACAACACACAACAGGAAUAGUAGCCGAGUGUGUUUAACCGGUGGACUGUCAGAGGAAGUCAAACUCUUUCUGACUACUUUCACCUGAACUCUUUGACUAGCUGAACUCCACUUUCAGCCAGCACUAUUCAGCCAGGUUGUCCUAUUCGAUGUCAUCUCCCCAACCAUUAACCCUAACCGUCCCCCUAACCAUUAAAGUAACCUACAGAACCAGAAUCACAUCCCGCUGGCAUUAAUGUGUUGAACUUGUCUCACAAUCUCACAGGUACUUUUUUACUGUGACUGAAUAAGUCCAAUUUAAGUAGAAUUCUUUUUACGUCAACAUCUUUCUUCUGCGAUUCAUUGCGUUUUACCCCAAGCCAAGGACCAAGGGUUUGGGUCACGGCGUGUUGAGAGAUGUCAGUGGCCAAAGAGAGUUGUAUAUUUAUAGCCUUAAAUGUAAUGCCAGCUCAGCACUCAAUCUCAGUGUGAGGUAACUGGUCUGUAAGAUAAAUUCCCAGCCACUGAUUGUAAAAAUCUGGGCUGUUCAUUUGCAUCAGAAUGCAAGUCAAAUCAAACAUGUUGUUUUAGAACGCUCCAUUCUCCCGUAUCUUUUUCAAAGCCUUUUGAUCUGGCUUCAGUCACCUCUCGGUGUAACUUGUCACUUCCAUAGUUCCAUUCUUUGUUUAGAGUUCUGUCUGAUUUCCUUUCAUUUGCAGUGACCUGAGUGUUUUCUAACAUGAGCCCAUUUAGACAACUUGCCAUUCUGAGCAAUUUGGCCAGAUUUACAGUUUUAAAGAAAUGUAACAUUUAAACAUGAUAUUAAUUUAUUUAGCUCUGGAGCCAAUGAAAUUGUAAAUGAAAUUGCCACUGACAGCCUUGAGGUGGCUGGGAGCUGAAAUCUGUUCAAAUAUUGGAGAGAUGUGUAAACCAUAUUUUUUUAGUUUUAAAUGAAACCGCUGUAAAUACUUUGUCCUUUUUUCAAAGAAAAAGCAAAUGGUGAAACAACAAAUAAAGCAAUGCUUUUGAUUUUAUGAAGUUUGAAUCCCCAAACCAAGCUCAAUGAGAAGUCUUUUCCCCACUACCUUGGGUCAGCUGAUCACCCCGACAAAAGGACCUUCCAAAGAUGGCGCCGGAGAGAGGUGACUUUUUGUGUGCAGCUACCAUGGACUUUUGUCCAGGAUCUUCCUGAAAUUUCUGUGUAUUGAGGAUUUAUGGACUGUGCCUUGGCUACACGGGUACCAGAGCCUUGAAGACACUGCCAAAGUUAACAUUACAAAAAUCUCCAAAGAAACCAUCAUCACACCACGACCUGUGCCCAGAGCUGAAAAUCAGUGCACUUCUACUGCCUCUUAUUUCAAGCUAAUUAUUGGACCUACUCAUUGUGAGAGACGGGCUGGUGCAAAAUAUCAUGCUGGAUUUUAUAGGGGUUUUAUUCUGAGACAGGAUGAGGUACAGUCGGGGUCUGUAACUUUGCAAACCUUACAUUUUUAAAUAAAUACAAGUUUCUCU